AUGAAGCAGAAUAUUGGACGGGGCGAAUUUUCUCAGUUCCCCAAUUUGUCACAGACAAGCUGCCAGGAAGACGACGUUUCAACUUACGUUCAACAUUUAAAUGCCCUCUAUUCAGAUUUUGGAUCUGGGUUUGAGGAUAUUUUGACUAUGGUAAUACCACCGUGGAUAAUUAAUCCAUAUGGUGACAUAGAAGAAACGAAUGUCAUAAUACAAGAGGAACUGACUGAACCAAGUACAAACGAAGAACUUAAGGUUCAGUUUAAAAACGGAUAUCAGCAAUUCUGGCUGCGAAACAACAUAUACCCGUUACUUAUCCCGUAUUAUGGAAUAUAG